AAUGUAAGUAUUAAUGCGUUCCGGUUCCUUUCCGUUUCGGUUCCGGAAAGGUAAAGGUGACGGUGAAAUUACAGGCACAUGGGUCUUGUCAGCUUGUGUCCCGAAAAGACUGGUAUGCUUCUUUGCAGUACAUGAUUGUUAUUCAAAACGUACCAUAUCGUUUAACUUAUGAUUGCAGUCUUCAAGUUUUGCAUUGCUUCGAACACGUCAACGGUAUAGGCGGCGUGACAAUCCUUGCCGAUGGUUUCUAUGGUGCAACGCGUCUAAAGGAAGAGCAUUUCGAAGACUUUCAACUCUUGACCACCUUAGAUGUGGACGCGGAAUAUCUGGAAGACGGUCACCAUCACCGUUAUGCUGCCCCUAUUAUUACAAUCGAUAAAAGAACUGAAGAUAUUGUGCAGAUAAGGUUCAAUGUAUACGAUCGGUCCGCAAUGCCUUUAGCCAAUAGCGAAGAAUGUAGGGCCUACUAUCGCUCCCUGCGGAACCUCGCUCGCUAUUACGAAGAUACUAAUAACCAAUGGCAGUUCAAAUUGCGUCCAGGAACGGUAUUGGUUAUAGACAACUUCAGAGUUCUUCACGGAAGAACCAGCUUCUCUGGUAGCAGGACAUUGGGUGGCUCCUACGUGACUCGCUCCGAUUGGCUAGACAGAGCCCGUACAUUGAAGCUUAUCAAAUAAUAAAUUACUAUUUGAAUUUCGAACAACCAGUUGCGGCAUCAUUAAAAUAUUGUUAACAUCUUCACAGAAUUCCAUCUAUUGUAGUUUCCAAGAACGAUUUGGAGUCUAUUGAUUAAAUAUUCAUCAGUUGUAUUAAUUGCUUUUUGAU